GCCUUACAAAGAAAGAUACUCGAUAUUCUCGAAAAGUUCAAAUCAGCAACGAAGCCUCAGCCAUGAAGCGUGUAUCACAAUUGCCCUUCUCUGAGGGCUCCAAAGCUCUCCGCAACUACCCUUACCUUCGCAGACCGUCUGCCUUCUCACAACGAUGUUUGCACAGCUCGCCACCAAACCCAGCUACGGUUGCUCCUAUCACGGCAUCUGGUCCUGUUCCAGCCGCUCCUGUUCCAAGUGCUGAACAUGUAGACUCCCGAGUAGCGAGACGGCGGAAACAGGCAGAGCUGUUGAAGAAGGGACAAGAUUUGAGGGCUGUGGCUGCGGGUACUGGUGGUGGGACCGCGAAACAGAAAAGAUUUUGGAAACAUGUACAUGUUAAGCCUGUUGAUGGCAAGCUUCAAGUCCACCUCGACACCCGCCCCCUCCGCCGCCCAACCAAAGAAAUCCUCACGGUACCCUCCCAUAAACCACAUCUGGCAUCCGCCAUAGCACUAGAAUGGGACCUCCUAGUAUCCGCUCAACAAGCCCUCAAACACCACCUCAUCCCCCUCACCUCACUCGUGUCCCGCGCCCUCGACAUCCACGACGAAGACAUGUCCGACUCGGGCGAGAUCCGCGCCAACAUUACGAAAACGGUCAUGCGGUACCUAGACACGGAUUCGCUGCUCUGCUGGGCGGAGGAAGCGAGCCCGGAUCCGCCGGGCUAUGAGGUCCAUGAGAGUAGGAAGAAGGAGAGUCUGAGGAGUAUGCAGAAGCGGACUGCAGGGGAGAUCAUUGGGUUCUUGACGGAGAGGGUUUGGCCUGGGGUGGAGAUCGUUCCGGUGUUGGAUGAAGGAAGUAUUAUGCCUAGGAGUCAGCCGCAGAUGACGAGGGAUGUUAUUCAGGGGUGGGUUAGUGGGUUGCCGGCUUUUGAGCUGGCGGGGUUGGAGAGGGGGGUGCUGGCUGGGAAGGGAUUGUUGCUUUCGGUGAGGUUGUUGGUUGAGUGGAGUCCGGAGUUGAGACAUCUUAAGGGGGAUAUGGGAGGGGAUGUUUUUGGGGUUGAGGAGGCGGCGAGGGCGGCGAGUUUGGAGGUCGAUUGGCAGACGAGGAUGUGGGGUGCUGUGGAAGAUACACAUGAUGUAGAGAGAGAGGAUGUGAGGAGGCAAUUAGGAAGUGUGGUAUUACUAGUGUCUGGAGAAAAGGCUUGAAUGUAGCUGUGGAUCAUGUCGAUGAAACAGAUGUACAGUACAUGACGAUGUUGUAGAAUUAUUCGCUAAUGUACAAAAUGUGUAGACUUCGACAGUGGAUAACACGGCUUGAGGGAUUCUAUGAUGGCAUCUAUAGCAUUGCAGACGUCUGAAAUAUGAUGUAGAAGUGAU